ACUCACCUCCCUCCCCUUUUUUUUUUUUUUUCUCCUUCUCUCUAGUCUUGGGUUUAAUUAUAACACUGAUUUCAAUAACCCAAUCUCUUCUCUCUUCUUCCUCUUUCUCUUCCUCCGUCUGUGUUCUAUCUUCAAUAGCUAGAUAGCUAGCUCUAGGCAUGAGCUCCAUCUUCGACAACAUUCAGAAGAAGCGAAGCUUCUUCCCUUGCUUACACACCAACCAAUCUCUCCCAGUCUCUCAAGCAGCAGGCACUAAUGAACAUGGCUUACGUCGAAGACUUUCGUCUAUCUCACUCAGAAUUCCGCCGAUAUCCACUCCUGCCACUUCAUGGACCUUUCCUCGAUCGAAAUCCAUGUCAGCCAUCGGAGAAUCGGCCGGCAAUUCUAUACGGAAAUGGUGGGAUUGGGGAUGGGGUUGGAUACUGUCAAGAAAGCCUGUUUUUGCUAAAGAUAUGGAGAUGAACGAAGAAGAAACGGCAAUUCUUGGGUGCCACAGCAAAGGUAGCUGGAGACAUGUCUUCUACAAGGUCAGGUCCGAGUUCAGACGGCUUGUCGGUUACGACAAUGUUGGUUUACCUCAAACCUAUAGGUACGAUUCCUAUAGUUACUCCAAGAAUUUCGACGACGGCAAGAGUUUUCAAGGUUAAUUAAAACCAAACAGACUCUCGCCUAAGGUUAAGAUUUAAGGCUAGUAAUUCCUUCUUUUAUUUUUGUGUUAUCUUUUGUUUUUCUUUUCCCAUCCCUCUCCUCUGUUUUGGGGUUUCAUAUUGUCAUUAUUUGUUGAAUGGAAAUUUAUUGGCUGUAAGUAGAUUUUAUAAAUAGAUUAUUCAAAUAUAUUUGUUUAAUUUUUUUUAACGUGUGGGAAUAACGAUGCGGAGUUGGACAGA